CUGUGACAUCUGUCAGAACAAGUCAUCUGUAAACUUGUAAACAAAAAUUCAAAACAAAAUAUAGUAAUCGUUUUAUUAUUUAAAUAGAAAAUAAUUAAAGUCAAUAAUUAGAUAUUAAUCCUUAAGUUUGAAUAAUGAAUACGAUAGAGCUUUCUAGUGACGACAGCAGUCACAGCGAUUAUAAUGUCAUGCGAAAAACCGAUUUGGCGGUAUUAAAUACAAAAGUGAAUGAGAAUCAACAAUUUAUUCCUUCAAGUAGCAGAAGUUCCAAAAAGAGAAAAGGGGGCAACAAAGAUGGUAACUCAGACAAUUUAGCAAAGAAGCAAAAAGCUGAUAAACAAGCUACAAAGCAGAAAGCAGCAGAAGAGAGACGGGCUGCUAAAAAUGCUAACAAAAUAUUUAAGCCUGGAGAAUGCAUGAAGCAUAUGACACUAGAAAUUCAUCCAGUACUCCUGGAGUCGUGGUUCUGUGCAGAUGUUCAACGGGAAGUGAGUGUCAGCGGAGCACACUUGAAAACUUCAUCAACCCUGUGUGAUCCCGCUUUAGUCCUAUGGACCAGAUUAGUGCCGCCAUCUUUAGUUAAUAACGACGGACUGGUACAACUAACCCCAUUGAAACAACGCUGUAACCAGGGCCUGUACAUACACACAGCUCAAGAUAUUGAGAACUUAGUCGCUACUCGUACUCUGGCUAACCAUGUCCAGAGAGCGAAGGACUUGGCCGGUUGUGGUCUAACGCUCGUCGUGUUUGGUGUUAAGGAUUAUUUCAAAACCUCCGGUCGCAAGACAAAUAACAGUAAACAGAAGCUGAUGACUGAGAUUGAUCUGGAGAAAGCUGUAACAGAUCUGCUAGUGAGUACAGACAGCGACACAGUGCUGGUGAACACUCCCAACGAGCUCGCGCUCACCAUCGUACAGUUCACAAAAGCCAUCGCCGAGGAACCGUACAAAAAAGCUAAACGAGCGCUCGACGAGCAGGCUGAUUUUUACAUGAGAGGCGAAAACAAGAAAUGCGUGUCAGUCGAUAAAGAUGGAAACGGUCUCAGUAGACUAUGGCAACAAAUGAUCGCUAUUUUGCCGCUUUCUAGUCUGGAGACCUCUAGAGCACUGUGUGCUCAGUAUCAAACACCACUGGCUUUGUAUGAGGCUCUUCAACAAUCAACUGGGGUAACGGACGUAGCUAAUAUAGGCGUUUCACGCGCCGCGGUCCCAGGUUCAAAGUCGCGUCGGAUUGGCCCUGAGUUUGCUAGGAAAUUACACACUUUGUUCACUGCUGAUGAUGGAAGUGUUCUGUUAGACUGAAAUUGUAUUUAAUAUAAAUAAAUAAAAUGACCAGUUUUUUUUAAA